ACUAUGAACUUCCUUACAUAUAUAGGAGCUAACAACUAUUUGGCAGUUUUUGGUAAACACUAAACAGAGAAAGAGAGACACCAAAAUGGCCGUUGGGGGAUUCUCCCUUGAUGCUUCUUCAGCCAACAAUGGCUUCGACGGCAAGAUAACACUCUCAGUUGUCAUCACAUGCAUCGUUGCUGCAUCCAGUGGUCUAAUUUUUGGAUAUGACAUCGGAAUUACAGGUGGUGUCACUACGAUGAAACCAUUUCUUGAAAAAUUCUUCCCAGCAAUAUUGAAAAAGGCUGCUAGCGCAAAAACAAACGUGUAUUGUGUAUAUGACAAUCAGUUGUUGACAUUAUUUACGUCUUCCCUUCACCUGGCGGGGCUAGUUUCGUCUCUCUUGGCCAGCCGCGUCACGACGGUGUUAGGUCGGAGAAACACCAUGAUUUUUGGUGGUUGCAUCUUUUUUGCCGGUGGUGCCAUUAAUGGUGCUGCUGAAAAUAUUGCUAUGUUAAUCUUGGGUCGUAUCUUGCUUGGUCUUGGAGUCGGUUUCACAAAUCAAGCAACGCCGGUGUACCUAUCCGAAAUUGCUCCUCCCAAAUGGCGAGGCGCAUUUAGCACUGGGUUCCAAUUCUUUGUCGGCAUGGGUGUGGUGGCCGCAAACUGCAUAAACUAUGGCACCGCACGACAUCCAUGGGGGUGGCGUGUGUCCCUCGGCCUCGCCACGGUCCCCGCAACCAUCAUCACUAUUGGAGCAUUCCUAAUCCCUGACACCCCAAGUAGCCUAGUGGAGCGCAACCAAAUACCCCAAGCCAGAAACGCUCUCCGCAAAGUGCGUGGCCCCACUGCUGAUGUUGAACUCGAAUUGCAACACGUGAUUCAAUCGUCCCAGAUUUCAAAAGCCGUGAAAGGGGGAGGUUUUGGGACCAUUUUUGAGGAGCAGUAUCGGCCUGAGUUGGUGAUGGUGUUCGCGAUUCCGUUGUCUCAGCAGCUGACGGGGAUCAACAUUGUUGCCUUUUAUGCGCCAAAUCUGUUUCAGUCUGUGGGAUUUGGCAGUGACUCGGCUUUACUUUCGGCUGUUAUAUUGGGGCUUGUCAACCUUGGUUCCAUUCUUGUCUCAACUGCUGUUGUUGAUCGCUUUGGUCGAAGGUUCUUGUUCAUUGCAGGUGGCAUUCAAAUGCUUCUUUGCAUGAUUGCUGUGGCUGUUGUGCUAGCAGUGGUGAGUGGUGUUCAUGGUACAGAACACAUUUCAAAGGGCAAAGCCAUAUUAGUACUGGUGUUAUUUUGCUUCUACGCUGCAGGUUUUGGUUGGUCGUGGGGCCCUCUUUGCUGGCUAAUUCCAAGUGAGAUAAUUCCAAUGAAAAUCAGAUCCACUGGACAAAGCAUAGCUGUGGCUGUGCAGUUCUUAACAGUAUUUGUUUUAUCCCAAACAUUCUUGACAAUGCUAUGCCACUUUAAGUUUGGAGCUUUUCUCUUCUACGCGGGUUGGAUUGCACUCAUCACCAUCUUUGUUAUACUGUUCUUGCCCGAGACCAAAGGUAUUCCUUUGGAUUUAAUGUGUGCAAUAUGGGGCAAACACUGGUAUUGGAGCCGGUUUACUGUUAGAGGACAAGUUAACCAAGAUAAUUGAUCUUUUAAUGAAUUAGUAUAUACUUUAUAGUACAUAUAUAUGUUUGUAGGCAAAAAAGAAUAUUAUUUACUUCUUU